AUGGAAGAGAAGUGGAAGGUAGAGGUAAUUGGCUUUACAACUGACGCCUCUGGCAAGGCAUGGAAGGCACAUCAUUUACUCACUCAUGAGUAUCUGCACAUUGUAGUACCUGACUGCUAUGCCCAUCAGAUAAACCUUAUUGUUGGGGAUUAUUUUAAAGUGGACAAGGGGUUCCUUACUUACAGUCAUGAUGCCAUGGAGCUUAUUACUUGGCUCCGAAGCAAAAGAUAUGUCCUAGCGCUGAUUUGCAGAUCGCAAAUUGAGAACCGUCAACCUGUCUGUACCGUCAUCCAAGCUGUUCUCACAAGGUGGACUGCGCAUUACCUUGCCUUCCUCUGUUUGUUGGAGCUUCAGCCCACGCUUCAAUUUAUGGCACAUGGAGAUCUUUUGAAGCUGGAUAAUGAGCAUCAGCUGGUGACUGGGAAUAAGAAGGCAAAGGAGAAGGGGUUGAAUAUGAUAUGA